GGGAGGGGUAGGAGGAGAGGAAGGAGGGUAGGAAGACAGUUUGUAUUCUUGCAACAUUAAACCAAAGGGACCUGGAGUGCAGAUGGCAUCCUUCGCUUCUUCCAGACAAGCUGCAAGACGCUGACCAUGGCCAAGAUGGAGCUCGCGAAGGCCUUCUCUGGCCAGCGGACACUCCUAUCUGCCAUCCUCAGCAUGCUAUCACUCAGCUUCUCCACAAUAUCCCUGCUCAGCAACUACUGGUUUGUGGGCACACAGAAGGUGCCCAAGCCCCUGUGCGAGAAAGGUCUGGCAGCCAAGUGCUUUGACAUGCCAGUGUCCCUGGAUGGAGAUACCACCAACACAUCCACCCAGGAGGUGGUACAAUACAACUGGGAGACUGGGGAUGACCGGUUCUCCUUCCGGAGCUUCCGGAGUGGCAUGUGGCUAUCCUGUGAGGAAACUGUGGAAGAACCAGCACUGCUCCAUCCCCAGUCCUGGAAACAAUUUAGAGCCCUUCGGUCCAGUGGUACAGCGGCAGCAAAAGGGGAGAGGUGCCGAAGUUUCAUUGAACUCACACCACCAACCGAGAGAGGUGAGAAAGGACUACUGGAAUUUGCCACGUUGCAAGGCCCAUGUCACCCCACUCUCCGAUUUGGAGGGAAGCGGUUGAUGGAGAAGGCUUCCCUCCCCUCCCCUCCCUUGGGGCUUUGUGGUGGGGACGUGUCUCCAUUGGAAUUGGCUGAUGUGAAUGGAGAUGGCCUGCGUGAUGUGCUUCUCUCCUUCGUGAUGUCAAGGAACGGGAGUGCAGUAGUUGGCUCAAGGCCAGCUGCUAAUCUUGUGUGCCUUUCGGGGAUGAAUGGCAGCACACUGUGGUCUAGUCUUCUCCCUGAGGAGGCUCGAGAUAUCACAUGUUUGGAGCUGAUGCCAGGAAGCUUGGCUGAAACCAUCUGCCUUGUGACAGGGACACACAAAAUGCUCAGUGCAUUCAAUGCAACAUCAGGGAAAGCCAUUUGGACUUUGAACCCAAACUACUUGUCUAAUGGUACCUUAGCUGCCCCAGUUGUGGUGCUGCCAGACUUGGAUGAAGAUGGUGUUCGAGACCUCGUGGUUCUGGCCAUUGGGGAAUUGCAGCCUCAUGGCUCCAUGGACUGGGGUGUAGUGGAGCUUUAG